AUGAUUCGACACGGGUUACGUAUAAAGGCCUUUUGUAUUCUCUCAUACCAUUUAGAAGAGGAUUUAUGGGCUAUCCGAGUAACACAAGUGAACCUGAACUCCAGAAGCGAGAAGCCGUUCAAAUGCGAGUACGAAGGAUGUGACCGUAGGUUCGCCAACAGUUCGGACAGGAAAAAGCACUCGCACGUACACACAUCGGACAAGCCGUACAACUGUAGGAUAUCUGGCUGUGACAAGUCGUACACUCAUCCCAGUUCCCUCAGAAAGCACAUGAAGGUGCACGGUAACGGCAAGAUGGACAGCGACGGCAACUACGACUCUGAAGACUCCAACUGCUCGUCCGGUGGUUCGAUCAGGGUGACCGACAGCUGUACAACUGCGACGCCUAGCAUUGUGUCGCCCGUAGAUCACCACCACGGAGCACAGACACCGUCGUCCGUCCUACACCCAACGGCGCUGCCACUGCCCACACCGCCAACGUCCGAUUGGUACAUGAACACCGGACCUGGCACGCCGUCCAUUCAACCAUCGUCCGUCGACCACGGUCACCACUAUCUGACCGACCUAAAUCACCAUCACCAUCAUCAUCACCCACACCAUCACACGUCACUAAUGGCCCAUCACCAUCAUGGGACCGCGGCUUAUUGAAACAAAUCCCCCGCUUCGUAUUACGACACCGCUGCUGCUUCCGCUUCCGCUUCCGAAUGGAGGUAGCACACCGCCACCGUCGUCGUUACCGAUGACGAUGACAACGGUUGGUGAUCAGCAGUGGCAAGUACAUUCUCGCCUUGACGACAUGAUGCACUUAUAAAUAUAAUGUAUAAAAUAUGAACAUUUCGUUUUGUAUUUAAUCUGAUCAUCGUAAACAUUUGAUAAUGAUAUUCAAUAUCAUCGUGCAGCGCGUUUGAAUGUAUAAUCGUUUAUUAUAUUAUUAGAAAUAAUAUGUAAUAUGUAAUAUAUAUUAUAUUGUUUUUAGUCUUAACAUCAGCUCUCUAUCGUUUUCCAUUACGAUAUGAAGUGGGGGCCACCUGUGAUUUAUAUUAUUAUUAGUAUUAUUUUUUUUUUUUUAGUGUAAUUAUUAUCGAUGGGUUAUUUUUUUUUUAAAUUUAAAGGUUCACAUGUAUAAUUGACAACGUUGACGAUACUGCAGAUGUUUUUGUUUUUUAAAUUUMAUUUAAGUAUUGUAAACAACUGAACCACUCUGUUACAGUGCCUUUAAAUUAAAUAUUUAAAAAUUAUGAUUUUUUAAAUACCAACAUUAUAACAUGUAUAUAUGUUAUUGCAUAUAAUGUAUUUGUAAUAUUAUAUUGUAAACAUCCAAUCAAAAAAGAAGAGAAAAAACUUCCAUUCAUUUACAGGUACACUAUAUUUGUACAAUCUUGUAUUACUAAAGAAUUUAACUCUGAAAGAGUAUGUUCGGCCAACAUACACAUUCGGUUAUUAAUKUAGUAAAUUGUAUUAUAGUAAUAGUGUAUCGAAGGCCUAUAUUGUAAAAAGAAUAUUUAUAUAUACGUAUAUAUUA